UUGCGGCAGCAGUUCCAAAGAAAGCCAAAUCCCAGGAAUUUAAGUGGAUUUACCAGCCUUGGUUGCUACUGAUUGUGAGUCCUGCCGCUGAGGUACUGGCAAGACUGGUACGAAUAGGUUCGUAACUGGCUAAGUGAGGACAAAAAAAUGGAUCCACGAAAUACUCCCUAUCGCUCAGAAGUGGCCCGCUGGUCCCCGGAAGAUUUGGCAGACUACUUCAGGAAGUUAAACCUCAAGGACUGUGAGAAAGUUGUCAGGAAACACAGUAUAACUGGACAAAGAUUUCUGAACAUGUCUGACAAUGAUAUUCAGAAGUUUCCAAAGUUAAACAUGCCAAUUCUAAGCAAGCUAAGUCAGGAAAUAAACCGACAUGAAGGGAGAAAAAGUUUCUUCCCCAAAAGUUACUACAGGACACCAACACCAAAGGUUCCAGAAAAUACAGAAUACAGACAGGAAGAGGUUGAUGGGUGGUCUUCUUUUGAGGAAAGUGAUGAUUAUGAAAGCCCAGAUGAUGAGGACCUUGAAAAUAGUGUUGACUAUGAAACUCCCAAUGAUCAAGAUGGUGCUGAUGAUGAAAACGAUGCAGAUUACGAACCUCCUCCAUCAAACAAUGAUGACACAAUCCGUAAUAUAUUUCCUUCCCAACAAACUACAACCAACUCAGACUACCUAGAUAGACCUAAAACAUCUCUUCAGCCUCCCACUCCACCAGAAAGGCCUGGAUCCUCCCCUGGACCAACUAGAGGCAGAGGCGCUGGGCAGCCUGCAAGCAAUAAUGAGAGUAACAGAGAAAAAAGCAACCAGCCUUUUAAAGUUUCUGGUCCCACUGUAGAUCGAACCAAAAAGCCUCCCUUGGAUCGGCCAGGGCCACCAUUUGACAGAGACAUCCUAGCUGCAGGCAAAAAAACUUUUCCUGAAAUGCCUUUGAAAACGCUCAGGUCUCUACAGAAACCUCCUGUGCCAUCAACGGAUAGAAACAAUCCUGCUUCUAGAAGGAUGCUGCCACCCAUAAAGAACAAUCAGCUAGCUGAAAAAAAAGCAGAAACGGAAGAUGGCAGUGUUCCUCAAAGGCCAUUUCAGCAGCCACAUUUCAACACAUUCCCUUCCAGAUCUAAGCCACAACCUAAACAUGUUUCUUUACCACCCAAGAUUAUACCUGAUGCAUAUCCAGAAAGCACUGUUUCAUCAACUGGAUCACUACUAUCACAUGUUCAGCCAAGUAACAUCUCCAGAACCUUUUCCAAAGGCCCAGCUGAUGGCAGACCACCAUUACCCAUUCCUAACAGACCGACCCUGCAAUUUCCCAGAGUUGAGAAUGAAGAGGUGGAACAAUGCCACAAGCCCAACUCUAAUCAGGGCCUCCAAAAUCAGAAAUGGUAUGCUGCUGAUAUCAACCGGCCAGAAGCAGAAGUCGCCCUCAGGAAUAUAAACCAGGAUGGCACUUUCUUAGUAAGAAACAGCUCAAGAAAAACUCUUGAACAACCAUACGUCCUGAUGGUACUUUAUCAUAACAAAGUAUACAAUAUUCAAAUACGUUAUCAGCAGGAGGAGCGAGCAUACUUCUUAGGAACUGUUCUGAAAGGAAACGAGGUUUUUUCUUCAGUGACUGACAUCAUUGAUUACUUCAAAAGAAUGCCUCUUCUACUGAUUGAUGGAAAGGAUCGAUGUUCAAAGAAGCAAUGCAUGUUAACAUACGCUGCUGGAUUGCUUUAGAAGAAAAAAAUCGGGAAGGAUCAGCUCAAGUUCCACCUUAUUUAUCUUUGAAAAAUCAAGCUAGAAGAGUAACGGGUUUAUAUUUGGUGAACUAAGAUAACUUUUCAUCUUGUAUUUUUAUGUCAGAGUGUAAUGGCUACUCAUUGCCUUUGGUUUUCAAAUGUUACCUCUCACCCUUCUUUUGUCUGUCUGUGACUUCUCAUUAAGCAAACACUUCCCGGACGUUUCAUGUGUGUGUCGUCCGUUGUCUGAAAUACACAUUACACAAACUGAAAAGAACUUUAGGGCUCGGAUCUUAUUAUUAAUUAACAUUUUUCUUCAGAUGACAAGGCUUCUUCCUAGUGGGUA